GCCAGCAAGCUGUGAGCAACGGGAGGCAACUGGGGAGCGGAGCCGGCGGCCGCCCGGCGGCCCGGUGCCAACCCGGCCGCCCAGGCCUCACGUCUGACACGAAGAGCGUGCCACACCGCGGGCGGAGGAGCCCAGGCGCCCAGCCAAUCGACGCCUCGCUCCGGGUGGCCACGCCCACCGCGCCCUCGCCCGUAAAGAGGGGUCCGCGGGGCCCGGCGCGCCGGCUGCUGGCUUCUGAUUGGCUGCGGCGAGCAGGCCGGACAGAAGAAGCCGGUGUUCUCGCUCGUGCUCGGGGUAGCGGCCGGGAGCUGGCAGGACUGGAAGGGGCGCAGUGUCUCUGAAGACUCUUCAGGAAAUCACAAUGUCAACCAACACAGACCUUUCUCUUUCUUCAUAUGAUGAAGGUCAGGGAUCUAAGUUUAUUCGGAAAGCUAAAGAGACACCGUUUGUCCCCAUUGGAAUGGCCGGGUUUGCAGCAAUUGUGGCCUAUGGGUUAUACAAACUGAAGAACAGGGGGAAUACGAAGAUGUCCAUACACUUGAUCCACAUGCGUGUGGCAGCCCAGGGCUUUGUUGUUGGAGCCAUGACACUUGGUAUGGGCUAUUCUAUGUAUAAGGAAUUCUGGGCCAAGCCGAAGCCUUAGAAGAUGAGCUGCUGCCUUGGUCUGGGAACUGCUUGCUUUAUUUAGAUGUCUCAUAUUGAGGUUACAUGUUUGUGUCUACAAUAAAUAGUGUUUAGACAAUAACUCA